GUCUCUUGAAAUCGAAAUUCGACGGAUGGUAAAGUUUUGACGGACCGUUAAGAUUGAACUAUACGGACUCGCGUCGGAUUAAUUGAGCCACCUUUUUUGUUUUUCUUGUGGCAGCCAAACGAAAAAGUGUUGAAUUGAUUUUGCUAUACUUUCGCGAAAAGCAUCGCUCCGGCGGGCGAGCGUGCGUGUGUGUGGGUGUGAUCAAACAUAAAUAACGUGCAAUUACGGCAAAACAAAAAUGUGCAAUUUUAAUUCUGCCAAAUAAUUAGAGGAAUCUCUUUGAUUUGUGUGUUUACAAAUAAAUCGGCUAAUGAAUGUGCAAAGGAAUCUCAAUGAACAGUCAAAUUGAAUGAAAAGUCGCAGUGAAAAUUGAAAGCAAAGGAGGAAAACGCCAGGAAAGCUGAAAGUUGAAGGAUAUGCCUCAAAGCUGAUCGAUUGACCGAGUGAACGAUUGCGCUGCUACAUAAUGUCAGCCAAGCACAUCGAGCAGUAUACGAAUCCCUCCUUCGAGCAGGAAUCCGACCCACCGCCUCUCCCCGGGGGCGUGGCAGAUGUGGGAGCAGGCACCACCAGCUGUGGCAACAGCAACAAUGCCAACGAUGCCGGCACGGCAAAUCGCAAAGGUCACAGGCGGCAGGAAUCGAUGUACCAGAUGACCGGCCUCUACUCGGAGACGAAUAGCGGCGACGACAGCAGUAUAGAUGCGGCCCUUGACCAGGACAACCAGCCCCAUGCCACGUCCUAUUUGGCCGGGGAGCAGCUAUCGUCGGCGGUGGGCGGAGGAGCUGCAGGUGCGUCAGUGGGCGUGGACAGCGUGACGGUCAAAUGCCACAGUCGGCAGGCGUCGGCGGGUAAAUGCCCGGCUCCGGAUCCGGAGGAGGACUUCGACGAGGAGCAGUUUCGGUCGGGCGAUUGCGGCAUCCUCAACUGCCGACCCUAUGGGAUACAGCGUUUCGCCCGCAUCAAGAUCUUCGUGCUGCUGCUCUCGCUGCUGGUGAUGAUGCAGCAGGCCCUCAGCUCGGGCUACAUCAACUCGGUGAUUACGACGAUCGAGAAGCGCUUCGAAAUCCCCUCCAGCUACUCGGGAUUGAUAGCCUCCAGCUAUGAGAUCGGCAACGUGAUCACGGUGAUCUUCGUCAGCUACCUGGGCAGCAGGCGGCACAUUCCCGUGUGGAUCGGAAUCGGAGCGGUGAUCAUGGGCAUUGGUUCGCUGGUGUUCAUGGUACCGCAUUUCACGGGCGAGCCCAAUCCUGGUAUUGCGAUCGUCAACAAAACCAGCGAUAACAUUUGCAAGAGUGCCCUGGUUAAACACCAGGACAUGGACCUGGGUCGUCUGUCCAGCGGACUGUCUAACCAACCACUGGCGCCGCACACGCUGCGCGAGGACAACUGCCUGGAGGGCAAGGCGUCCACCACGGGGCCUGUGCUGCUCUUCGUGCUCGCCCAGCUGCUCCUCGGCUGCGGCGGCAGUCCGCUCUUCACGCUGGGCACCACCUACGUGGACGACCACGUGCGCACGGAGAGCUCCUCGAUGUACAUCGGUUGCAUGUACAGCAUGGGAGCGUUUGGACCCGUGGUGGGAUUCCUGCUCGGCGCCUACCUGCUGUCCUUCCACAUGGACUCACUAUCCUCCACUACCAUAUCAAUUACUCCCGGCGACAGACGUUGGGUGGGAAUGUGGUGGGGCGGCUUCCUGCUGUGCGGAGUCAUCCUGCUGGUGGUGGCCGUGCCCUUCUUUUCCUUCCCCAAGGUUCUUGCCCGCGAAAAGAAGAAAAUCCGAAAGAGCAGCGUGGUGCAGCCAGUCCUGCCAAACAACUCUGGGGCCACUGCCACCACGGAUGAGAUGGGCAAGGUGAAGAAACUGGAAAUUGUGGCCGUGACCAGCAAGGAGGACCAGCCGCCGCCCAAGGUAGACACGGGCUACGGAAAGGACAUUAAGGAUAUUCCGCAGUCGAUGUUGCGCCUGGUGAAGAAUCCCGUUUACAUCGUGACCUGCCUGGGUGCCUGCAUGGAGCUGAUGAUCGUCUCCGGCUUCGUGGUCUUCCUGCCCAAGUACCUAGAGACUCAGUUCAGCUUGGGCAAGAGUCAGGCCAACAUCUUCACCGGCUCGAUCGCCGUGCCUGGGGCCUGCAUUGGCAUCUUCCUCGGCGGCUGCAUCCUCAAACGGUUCCAACUGAAGCCCAAGGGCGCCGUCCAAUUCGUCCUGAUCACCAACGUCAUCUGCCUGGCCUGCUAUGCAAUGCUAUUCUUCCUCGGUUGCGACAACCUAAAGAUGGCUGGCACCACAAUUCCGUACUACACGAGUAACAAGCAUGGAUCCACUUUGGAGCAGCCCUUCCAGGUGAACCUCACGGCCGCGUGCAACUUUGGCUGCGAGUGCCUGACCAGCGAGGUGGAACCGGUGUGUGGCAACAAUGGACUCACCUACUUCAGUCCCUGCCACGCCGGCUGCACGGCCUUCUCAUCCACAUCCAGCACCAACUAUACUAACUGUGCAUGUGUUCACGCCAACAUCUCGAGCAGCAUUUAUCGUGGCGCUGGAGGCAGCCAGGCCCAGGCGCUCAGUGCCAACGAGAACUUCGCCGAGGUGACGGUGGUGCCGGUGGCCACCGCUGGUCCAUGUGCCACACCUUGCCGCACCAUCUUUCCGUUCCUUAUACUGCUGUUCUUCAUGACCUUCGUGGUGGCCUCCACUCAGAUGCCGCUGCUCAUGAUCGUACUGCGAUCGGUGUCCGAGGAGGAGCGCUCCUUUGCUCUGGGCAUGCAGUUUGUGAUCUUUAGACUCUUCGGUUACAUACCGGCUCCCAUCCUCUUUGGAAACCUCAUCGAUUCUACUUGCCUGCUAUGGAAGUCGUCCUGCGGCGAGAAGGGUGGUCGCUGUCUCAUCUACGAUAUCGAAAAGUUCCGAUACAAAUAUGUUGGUCUCUGUGCGUCUGUGAAGCUGGUGGCUUUGUUUAUCUUUAUGGUGGAUUGGUGGUUGGUGCGUAGGCGCAAGCAGCUUGAGAAAAUGAAGCCCCUAAACGCAAGCGAUCCAAUCAUCGGUUCCAUCAUUAGCCUGGACAAAUUAUUUGAAGAAAAACUUUCUGGCGCUGAGCCCUCAACUGCAUUUGUUGGAGGUGGCGGAGAGCUGAUCAUACCCACAGAGAUACUUCGCCAUUCUCGGAACGAUUCACGAACCAUGCAGAUGGACUACUGUUACGACAAGUGCGGUCAUGUGGUUACUCCUGCAAACACCUGCAACCAGCCGCAGACGAAGUCUAAGAAACACUUCCGAAGCGCCUCGUGUGACGUGAAGAUGAUUAAAAGCUUUGCUCGGGAUCACAACUCUUCCAGCGGACCGGCGGACGCAGCUGGUCAGGAUGCGAGUGGUGGUGCGAGCAGCAAAUACAAGAAUCUCAAGAAGUUCCAGGCGCACACUCGCAAUCUUUCGACAGAUCUGAACAACCCCAGCCAACCCAUUCGAUAUAUUCAGAACCAGCUUCGCCCGCAGGACUGUGCCGAAGAGGAUGAUGACGACGAGCUGACCACCGGCUGUGGACACUUUGUCAAGAAGCACUCGCGGAACCACAGCUACGACCAAAUCUACAUGCCCAAUAACAUACGCUUCGAUGCGGACUUCCUUCGGCAUCCCCAUCCGCACCACAAUCCCAAGAAGAAUGUGAAUGUACUGAAGAACGUGGUUACGGAUGUUGGCAAACUAAAGAACUCAAACGAAAUGGAAGCCGGUGGAGCUGGAUCUCGUGGUCAUUCCCGCAACAACUCGAAGGACUUGAACACCAAAAUUUCCAGUGGAACUCCAGUGAACAACGCCUCUGGGCAGGUGGCAUCGGAUAUCAGCACCACGGGUGUAAGUGUGCUGCGGCAUCGGCGUACCAAUUCCAAGGAUCUUAACUAUCAAGUGCUGCCGGAGGCUGCUACGUCCAGCUCCUUGGCCGGUCACCCGCAUCCACAGCACACACGGAACACGUCGCACCACAAAAUACAGAUCGAUGACGAUCGGAACGAGCUCAUCAACGACAAUGAUGACGAAGAGGAAGAGCGCUCCAAUUGUGCUUAGUUUUAUGUCAAGUAGCUUUAAGCUAGGAUUAUUGGUUUUUCGGAAGCAGUAACCGCAACGGCUCCAUUCCUGGCGGCAAUCGCAUCUCGUGUUUUGAGUGUGUGUGGUCAUCGCCCGUUUUCCGACGAAGUGACUCAACUCUCAGCUGCUCAUUGUACUUACAACCGAGUGUUCAAAUCUACUUUCCUAGUAGAAGGCAUCUGAAAAUAGAAAUCUUUUGAUAUAUGCAACAUUCAAACAGAAUUCGAGUCCGAAUCCGAAUGCGAUACGAUUACGAAUACUUGCAGAUAAUAUUUAUGUAACCAGGCGGUAGAAUAGGAAUCCUAGUAAGCAACUAGCAUACUUUAGGGUAGGAGUAGAUCGUUGUGAUAGGAAUAUUUUGUAUUGUAUUUUUAGUGGAAUGCAGACCCGCGAAAAGUCGAUUAAGCGUUCGAACUGCUCGAAAUGUUUCGCUUUAGCUCGACUUUGGGCAAUCUCGGUUUCGUAGUGAGACGAUUGACUGAGAACCAGUUGGCGGAAGGGAAGAGAAACGAAUAGCAAAUUACAAUGUUUUAAUAAUUCGAACAUGUAAACAAUUGUCAAUGGAAAUUGUGCUGUGAAACAAUGUGUGAGUAUAGAAAACAAAAAUUAACGAAAACGUCGGAUAGAAAGGAAGUACGCUGAAUGUAAUUCUUAUGCAAUACAUUAUUUAGAGAAUCUUUGUGGACAGGCGGCCACACAUUGUGCAUCCAAUAGAAGGGUUCGAAUGAAGAAUAGGUCUGGACUAGUUUUACUGAAAAUACUAAAUUCCCUGUUUUAAGCGUAGCGAGAAGAGCACGUCUAGCCUAGAUUUUAAAACCGAAUGAUGUACUUUAAAUGCGAUAAUGCCUUAAAAAAUAUCAAUUAAUUAUACAAGCAGAUUAAAUCAGUAACCAAACUGAAAUGGGAAUCCAACCGCUUCAUCCGGUUGUUUUCCUACGCACUGCCCGAGUGCAAGACCCCAGUAGUCCUAAGUGAUGCAAUCUAGGUUAAUUAGUACCAACUAAUUCUAUGUUUACACCAGCCAGCCACAUACUGUAGGAAUGGAGGCAAAGAGGAGCUCCCCGAGCACUAAAUAGAUACAUCCAUAUUAAUAAAUAUAUGUAUACAAUUGUACGUUAAUAAGUACCUACGCGUAGCUAAGAAUUCGUAUCGGGAUGUGUUUGUACAACAUAACUUAUACAUUAUUGAAGAGCGAUUUUAAUAAAGACCACAAACAAAAAUUGUGGAACUUAGGUGCAAAAAACCAA